ACAGAAAUGUAAAAUCAAAUAUAAAAGUAAACAAACUGAACCGCUUUUGGUUCUGAAGAUGAACAGAAUCCUCAUUGAUGUCCAAAUCGGGUCGUGGGUCUUCUGAGUCAAAUGGUCGAAAACAUGUCUGCUCCUCCGGUAGUGAUAUCCAGCUAGCGGGGUUUGGUUGAACUACUCCGGUAAUCCAAUAUCCGUUCUGGUCGCCGUAUCCCAGAGGAAAAACAAAUGUGAGCGACUAGCAGAGGCUUCAGAAGCUACAUCUGGCACGUCGUUCUGCUACAACGCUAACGCAGAAACACCGGAGACGGGGUUGUUUACUACAGUGGUUUCAGCAGAGCUCCUUGUGAAACGUCACCAGCUGUCCAGGGCUCAGACCGGAGGUUGGGUUCUGGUUUUUCCCGCUCCGGUCGGAAACAUCGGAUUUUUUUAAAUUCCAGCCGUGAAAAUCCAAAAACCUUUUUCAUCUGAGGUUUUAUACGUCUCUACGCGUGCUGGUCAGAGGAGCGUUGCCUCUGGCCGAUAUCUUUAAUGUACAGCCCUGAAAUGACCAUAAAAAAUUCUUUAUUUAAAUAAAAAAUGUUCUGUUUUUUAUGUAGCGCCUUCUAGAGACGCACAGCCCCCCAAGGCACUGUACAACACUCAAGGCAUUCACACGCUAGCUGCAUCAUAGCCACAGCUGCUCCAGGGGACAUUGACUAAAGCCACUGGUCCUUCCGACCACCACCAGCAGGUGUGGGGGUGAAGUCUCGUGCCCAAGGGAAUGAGUGACAUAGACAGAGCCUGGGUUUGAACCAGCAACCUUCUGGUUACAGGAGGAUAGGAUCCAGCCCUGAUGGCUGUUCGAGUCAUCGACACAUUUAUUAAACAGAGACUGCUGUUUGUUCUAAUAUCACGUUUAUUUGUUAUUGAUGCUUAAAAUAAAGCAUGCUUGUGUUUGGGUGAGUUGGGCCGGGCCCCUCGGCCCCACUUGCCUCCUGGUCCAGAAACCCAACAUGGCAGCACCUGUAGGGCAGAGACGCUAUGUUUAGAUGAUCCGGUCCAGUUCUGAUUAAAAGACUGACGCCUAAGAAACUGGAACAGAAUUAACAUCUGGAUUUCUGCAAGCACACACACACACACCCCACACACACACACACACACACACCACACACACACACACACACACGCGCGUACGUGUGCGUGUGCGCGCGUGUGUGUGUGUGUUGGAGUUUGUGUGCGUGCGUGUGUGUGUGUGUGUGUGUGUGCGUGUGUGUGUGUGUUGGAGUUUGUGUGUGUGUGUGUGACAGCGUUUACUGGUCCCAGUAAGAACAGCCAUGGAGAUGUCUGGACCAGCGGAGGAAACGUUUAGAUGUGUGAUUAACUUCUAUUUCCCCACAAAGGCAGGUUUUAUAAUGAAAUGUGUUGAAAAUGUUUAACCCACCAGAUCACUAUGAUGACAUCAUACAGGUGAAUGAGCACAAAGCUGACCAGUAUUUACUCUUUGUCACACAGCAGUUCUCUGUUGGUUCUGAGGUGACCUCAGAGCUGGUCAUGCUGGAGCGACCCAGCCCGUUGCUGCUCUGUGUAAUUGUGUUCGGGCCUGUUUGACGGGUCUUCCCUCAUCCAUCCAGGCUUACGCUGCUGCCCUCCUUCUGCCUUGCUUUCAUUCAGACAGAUUGGACUUCCAGAUGCUACACUCACUGUCCACAGAACUCGAGGAACCAGAGCAGAACCAGUGCAAGCUUUAAAAAGCUGCUGAAACCUCAGCUGUUCAGGCUGGCUUUGGUGGACCUCCUGCUGAUCCUUCCUCUCUACCAAAUGUGCCUUUCUCUGGAUCCAGCAUUACCUUUUCUCUUUUUCCUCCUUUUUCACUUUAAAGAUUUCCAUUUUCCCCUUUCAUCAUUUACAUGAUUUAAAUUGUUUUUUUUUACUUUAUUUUUUACUCUUGUGAAGCUCCUCAUGAUUUUGAUCUAUAUUUAAAAAGUGGGUUCUUCAGCGUUGGCGUUGUCUCCUCUCCUGCACUGAUUUAUCCCCACAAACAACCCCUUUGGUCAUUCAUUAGCUCUCCUGUUCUGUUUGUCAAAAUGUUCCAACAAACAAACAUCCAUCCAUCCUUAUCCGCUUGUACAGACUCAGGUCGCGGGGGCAGCAGCCUAAGCCGAGACGCCCACUAGGCCGGCUGUUCCGGGGGGAUCCCAAGGUGUUCCCUGGCCAGGUGAGUCCCUCCAGCAUGCCCUGGGUCUACCUUUAGGUCUCCUCCUGCUGGGACGUGCCCAGUAAACCUCACCAGGAAGGCGUCCAGGAGGCAUCCUGACCAGAUGCCCGAGCCACCUCAACUGGCUCCUCUCCAUGUGGAGGAGCAGCGGGUCUACUCUGAGCCCCUCCUGGAUGACCGAGCUUCUCACCCUAUCUCUAAGGGAGAGCCCAGCCACUCUUCGGAGAAAACUCAUUCCAGCCGCUUGUAUCCGUGGUCUCGUUCUUUCGGUCACUACCCAAAGCUCGUGACCAUAGGUGAGGGUAGGUACGUAGAGCGACCGGUAAAUCGAGAGCUUCUCCUUCUGACUCAGCUCUCUCUUCACCACGACAGACCGGCACAACGCCCUCAUCACUGCAGAUGCAGCACCAAUCCGCCUAUCGAUCUCACGCUCCAGUUUUCCCUCACUCGUGAACAAGACCCCGAGAUACUUAAACUCCUCCACUUGGGGCAGGACCUCGUCCCUGACCCGGAGAAGGCAUUUACCCUUUUCUGACUCAAGACCAUGGUCUCAGAUUUAGAGGAGCUGAUUCUCAUCCCAGCUGCUUCACACUCGGCUGCGAACCGCUCCAGCGAAAGCUGAAGAUCACGUUCUGAUGAAGCCAACAAACGUGAAUAUUUUUGUGUGAUGUUGGUGGUAUGAUGCAUCAGAUCAAAGCACUCACGAAUCUGAUGGGAUCUUUUUUUGGAUCAGCAGAAAGAAAAGACAAGCAGGCUCUGUCUUUGUUUUCUAGAACACUUAGUGCAACAUUUUUCUGCUCCGUUUACAACUCGCUAUAAAAACCGGACUGGCAGAGAGGUUCGAGUGCUGACUAAAUGUUAAAACCGCUGCCCUGGGCGCCCUGACAGAGGCGAGGCCUGCCCAGCACAGGCACCACCGGUCUCUCUGACCACCACCAGCAGGCAGAAGGACCGGUGCCCAAGGACACAAUGACUGCGACAGUCUGAGCAAGGCUCAAGCAUGCAACCUUCUGAAUACGGGGCGGACUCUGAACUGUAUUUGAAUAUUUACUGUGUGAAGUGCCUUGAGACGGCUUGUCGUGAUUUGGUGCUGUAUAGAUAAAAUGAAUUGAACUGAAUUAACGCCUCUGCCACCGUUGACACAUUACAAGGUCACGUGGGUGUGUUACGUUAGGAAUUUGUUAGGAAUUAUUGCAAAAAAGGUGCAGCAAACGAGCGUUACACACACCUGUAUUUUUAAGGCAUUGCUUGAUGGGGAAGGGGUUUGCUUUAAGAUUUAGUUCAUUUAAAGAGAAGCUUCUUCAGGAACUCCUACCCUGCCUUUAACUUCCUGAGCUACUUUAAACCACCUUAAAUUCACCUGCAUGUUGAUUUAAAAUAACUAAACAACAAAGAUGUUUUCUGACGCAGAUUCAGAGCCACCUUUCACAAGAAAUACCACCGUUUAUCUCCAUGGAGUAAAUGAACCACGCCAAUUAAAUCCUGUUAUCACUGGUUGGACUGUAGGAAGACCAGUCUAACUGGAGUGUGUUGCUGGGCAUCCAGUGUUCCCAGUUCGGCAUCAUUCUUGCGUAAUGAUGAGUGCUUUUAUAAAAGGUCAGUGACACCACCCUGCAGUAUCUAUGUGCACGUGUUCUCACAAAAGCAGAGAAUCUGGAGGAGACAUUUGGCACUGCUGCUAUUUAUUACGACCCUCCGUUGACACACAGAAAUAGCCUGGUUCUGACAUGGUGCUGGCCCGGCUGAAGCUCAGGUAGCAGCGUAUUUGAUCACAUUUCUCCUGCCAGCACUGCUGUGAGCCAACCAGUGAUGUAAUGGCUUUUUACGUCCUCCCGCCCCGUGGCUCCUCCCAGCCAACCAGCGGUAAGCUCUGCAGGAACAGGAAAAGCCAUCUGGGCAUGGUGACUUUUCUUGGUGGGGGGCGGGGGAUGGGGGGUGUCAGCAUCCCUUUGUUUUUCUGCUUCUCCACUUAAUUUGUUUCUGUCGCUCUUUGGUGUCUGUAGUGCACUUCCUGCUCUGUCUUUGCUGCUACUGAGCUAAAAUCAUGGCCUUCUCUGAAGCUUUAGAUUACUCAUUCAUAUUCUUCUGCAUCUAGUGAACAAAACGUGUGGAUGAACAGUUGGUUCAGGUACGCUCUGCAGGCUGCCUUCCACUCACACUUUCAAUCUUGGACAUGACAUAAGAUUGGCGAAAUGUGGGCCUUGUAAAGAUGCAGCAGAGGAGUUCUUCGAGUACGAUGCAGAGGAGUUCUUGGUGUUCCUGACCUUGCUGAUCUCCGAGGGGAGGACACCAGAAUAUUCUGUGAAAGGGAGGACAGAGGGGCUGCACUGUCCUCCAGCCCAGUCCGCCAUGCCGCCUCUUCACAAGCAUGAGUGCAGCGACAAACUGCCCCAGUGUCGACAAGCAAGGCGAACCCGUUCAGAGGUAAUCCUGCUCUGGAGGAACAACAUCCCCAUCAUGAUUGAGGUCAUGUUGCUACCAGACUGUUGCUAUGGUGAUGAGUGCCCCCCGAGUGACCCCAUCAGUGAUCCGGUCAUCAAGCAAGACGCGUUGCUAUUGGAGAGAUGGACCCUGCAGGCAGUUCCACGACAAAGUGGCGAUCGCCUCAUCGAGGAGAAAACGCUGCUGUUGGCGGUGCGCUCCUACGUCUUCUUCUCCCAGCUCAGCGCCUGGCUCAGCGCCUCCCAUGGCGUUGUCCCCAGGAACAUCCUGUACAGGAUCAGUGCUGCUGAUGAAGAUCUGCUGUGGCACUUUUCUCAGCCGACAUUAGAGCACGUUUUUCCCGUUCCCAACGUCUCCCAGAGCGUGGCCCUGCAGGUUCGCGUCCAGUCGCUCCCUCGACAGCCCGCCUACCCAACUCUGGCCUGUAGCAUCCACACCAGCCUGCCUCCAGUUUACAGCCAGACCCCCAACCUCAACAGCCAUGGUGGCUCGCCCACCCUCAAGAGUCAGGAUCCCGGCAAAGACGAUGCUCGUCUCAACCCCAACAUGUUCAGCAAGAGCUCCGCCUCCAUGUCUGGGCUUAACAGCUUACCCAUCCCCCACCUCCCCAUCAACAACCUCCCCAUCAGCAGCCUUUCUCACACGGCUGGUCCACACUCAUACGGCAAAAAAAGUCCAGAGCCUGCAGAACUUCACACGUAUCACAACGGAGAGCUCCCGCAGGUCAACAUCCGCCUACGCCAGGGCUCACCACUGUCCCCCUCGCCCUCUCGCUGUCACUCCCCCUCCCCGCCUCCCACUAGCAAAGCAGGAAAGUGGUUAUGCUCCGCCCUCCGUGGUUCAGCGGAUCCCACUCGUGAGGAUGACGGUGGUUCUGGUACCAACAACUCUGACAGGACUAAAGGUCCCAUCUUUGAGCCUCUGAGAGCUUUUAAGAACUUGUCCUUGACCGAGCCACCCCGCUGUCCCUCGCCACGGCUCACACAUUCUGGGAACGAGACAAACCCUUUGAUUGGCUGCCUGCUGCAGGAGAGACAGGAAGUUAUAGCUCGAAUUGCACAAAGGCUCAACUUCUGUGACCCGACAGCUCCGCCGCUCCCUCCGGGCCUGUUUGCUUCUGACAACCCUCCCAAAGCCAUGUGGGGCAGUAACCAUGACAACCUAGCUGCCACUAAGACCAAAGAAGCCGAAGCACCCCCCUGUGAGUCCACGGGGCGAGUGUGGCCCAGCCCUUUCAACACACCUGUGACUGAAUGUUCUAACGUCAAACGUGAGGCGUCGUCUCCCAAACCCACAGCCUGCAGGAAGUUAAAAAUGACCGAGACUGGAGACGCAGAGGAGGAAAAGAACGGACGAGGGACAGGCGGAGACAAGAAGAGGGACAGGGACAGCUCCCUCAUUGCCCAGGCAGUGCAAGAUAUCACCAGGCUGAUCCAGGAGAGACUGUCCGUCCCCUCCGUGUCCCCCAGGCCCAGCCGGAGCUGCAGCCCUCUGCACCACACGCGCACCACAACCGUCACACACACUGUGCGCACAUACUCACACCCCACGCACAUUCCACAAGCAUCACACACUGCCUGCAACGGCUACGCCAGUGGCCACAUCCCCCGCCCCGAACCUCACAGAGGCAGCAUGCACGGCGCUGCCCCGCACACGCUUGUUUGCACAGACGAGCCCCGAGCUGGAGCCGGGACCGCAUGCGGUUCUCUCCGGGCCCACAACGGGGCUCAGUUUACACUUGAAGAAGCCUCGCCCAACGGCCGGGCCAACAACCAGGCAGGCCAGCGUUUACGAGCUUCCCCGCAGGAAAAGCUGCGAGUCAGGACACCCAGCAGCCAUGCGGCCCCCCCCGCUUCCCCUGUUUUAGACAACAGAUCCAGAAAUGCCCAGAUGUUCAGCUGGAUUCACGACUCCAGCCUGGCUGCGGACUGUAACAGACACCACAGCAGGUCUCCGACCCAGAACGGUGUUCCAGCUCAGGCUUCUGCACUCCAGGAUGAGAACCAGGCCCCCUCAGAGUCCGGGUCCAGCACCUCCAGUCCAGACACGGCUCCAUCUCCACCAGUCUUCCGUCCUCACUGCCCCGCCCCUCUGCGUCCCUGCAACAGCUGGAAGAAACAGAACCGUCACUCAUUAGACGCCACGACAACCAAGGCUUUUCACCCGUGCACCGGCCUCCCGCUGCUCUCCAGCCCUGUUCCUCAGAGGAAAAAUCACACGGGUUACUUUGACCUGGACACCUCUCUGACUGGCUGCAGAGGUUUGCCCUGGGCCUCCGGGAUCAGGGUGUGUCCGAAGAGAGAAGGCUACGCCGAUGAGUCACAGCAGCUGCUCAGCGCCAGCGCUCCACCUGCCAGUCUCAGCCUGCUGGGGAACUUCGAGGAGUGUGUUCUGAACUACCGCCUGGAGCCUCUAGGGACAGUGGAGGGUUUUACAGCCGAGGUGGGAGCAAGCGGAGCCUUUUGCCCGAGUCACAUGACCCUACCUGUGGAAGUGUCCUUCUACAGCGUCUCUGAUGACAACGCUCCCUCGCCAUAUAUGGGUGUGAUAAACCUGGAGUCCCUGGGGAAAAGGGGCUACCGUGUACCUCCAUCAGGAACCAUUCAAGUGACCUUAUUCAACCCUAACAAGUCAGUGGUAAAGAUGUUUGUUGUGGUGUACGACCUAAGAGCCAUGCCAGCUGGUCAUCAGACCUUCCUUCGCCAGAGAACGUUUUCUGUUCCAGUUCGCCGCGACGCAAACAAUCACAUCAGCAGGAAGCCUCUCAGCCCUGGCGCAGGCCGCACGCUGCGCUACCUCGUUCAUUUGAGGUUUCACAGCUCUAAGUCUGGGAAGCUCUACCUUCACAGAGACGUCCGUCUACUGUUCUCCAGGAAAUCCAUGGAGGUGGACAGCGGCGCUGCCUACGAGCUCCAGUCCUUCACCGAAUCUCCCAUCGACCCACCAUUUUCUCCUCGCUGCUAAAGCCUGAUGCUUCCUCCGUCCCUUCAGCUGCAGCUGCUCCUCCGUGCCAGCGAUAGACUGUAAUUCAGGCCAUCAACACAUGGCUUGUGUUUAGAAGAGAUCAGGUUUAUGGAGGACCACCAACAAGCCCGCCUGUUGGUUGGUUUCCACAAACUUCUGUUACAUUCAGAGCGGACAGCGGCGUUGGCUGGGAGACUUGUCGUAAACACAUUUUCUUCUCUGUUAAGUGCACAUCCUUGGAACUAAAGGGGUCACAGUAGGAGAAGAGAGGUUUGAUAUCCUGCACCCUGUUGAAAAUGUUGUUGUUUUUCAUGCCGUUGAGGGCGUCCCCUCCAGCAUCUGGCAGGAGAGUCCAGACCUGCGUUUGUCGUCCACAGAGGCAGUUAGACACGUGAAUGAUUCACGCUGGUUCACUCUGCAAAUCAAGAUGAUGAUUUACACCUCAAAAUAGAUGAAUCUUUAUUUAUUUUCUCUAAAUUCUUAUGGAUUUAAUGCAAUGCCUUUUUAUUCUGAUUUUUCUUGAAUAUGAGACCAACUCCGUUGAAUGUGGAUGCGGUUGCUUGACCCUGAGCUGAGAGCUGAGGGAGUGCAUGUGGCUGUGGUGCAGAACAGACGAUGCACCUGAACGCAUCGCAGCAGAACAUCACAAGUCCACUGUUGGGUUCUCAACUGAAAGUGAAGCAUAUUCUAAUACUUUUGUACCGUUACGAAACCACUUUAUCGGAAGUGUUGCAAUAGAAAGAGUAAUGUUAGUUUAGUGUUUACACAUUCACUUUAGUUUAUUUAAUAUUUAAAUUAAUAUUUCAGUUCUACUUGUGACACUUGUCAUAAGAUAAUGUAGUGCAAACUGUUUAUCAUAGUGUGUAUUUUUGACAUUAAUCAAAUCUGAAGAAUAUAUCUUCUACAGCAUUCAGGAAAA